AUGUUGGGAGGGAUCAGCACAGUGGAAGAAAGCCAGAAUAGUGCUACGACUGAGAGCCUUGGUCGUUUUGCUGUUGAAGAGCACAAUAAGAAAGAGAAUACAGUUCUAGAGUUCAUUAAGGUAGUAAAUGCAAGGGAGCAAGUGGUGUCUGGAAAGCUGUACUACAUUACCUUAGAGGCCAUGGAUGGUGAGAAGGAGAAAGUGUACGAAGCCAAGGUUUGGGUGAAGCCAUGGUUGAACUUCAAGGAGCUGCAGGAGUUCAAGCUCAUUGGAGAGGUUGUAGCUUCUGAUUGCUCUGGUGGAGCCUGCGAUCCUAUUAAUUAAGAAGGUUUUACGUUACUCAAAAACAGGGCAGGAUUAUUGAAGAGAUAUGAAGCAAUAAAAAUGUGUAUAUUAUCAUAAUUACAUACAUUAAUAUGUGUGUUCAACAUAACUAUUCAUUAUCCCAGCAAAUAUGUAAUUUAGUAUGGUGUAAUUCAAAAUAACGUGGAAUGUAGUGUAAAUUGAAGUUUACUAGAAAUGUAU